AUGGUUUGUAAAAUGAACAAGUUGUUGUUGGUACUUUUGUUUAUAGUUGGAUUUACGGUUCUUCAUAAGCAGAUAUCGUUCGUAGGACAAAGACAACAACCGAAUGGAAAUCGUCAAAAUUUAGUGGUAAUAUAUAAUAAAAUUCCUAAGACUGCAAGUACGAGCUUUUGCAAGUUAGUAAUUCGUCACCACAAAAAUGAGCUUUAUUCAAUUAAUAUUCAGACAAUUAAUAGCUCGCCAUUGCUAACACUACAAGAUCAAUUUAGAUUGGUACAAAAUGUUACAAAUUGGGAAGAAAUCACACCGGCAUUUUAUCACGGUCACUUUUUCUAUGUUGAAUUCACUCGUUUUGGAAGUUCUUUGUCACCAAUUUAUAUCAACAUUGUUCGAGAUCCACUGGAAAGACUAGUGUCUCACUACUAUUUUCUGAGGUUUGGAGAUAAUUUUCGCACCGACUUGAUUCGAACGAAACAAGGUGAUACAACGACAUUCGACGAGUGUUUCAAAAGAAAACACAGUGAUUGUAGAGUUGAUCGUCUUUGGUUACAAAUUCCAUAUUUUUGUGGACAAAUUUCAGAAUGCCAAAAAGUUGGGAGUCGAUGGGCGUUGAAAGAAGCGAAACGAAAUUUAGUAACAAAGUAUUUGCUUGUUGGAAUUACGGAAAAACUACAUGAUUUUAUAAUGCUAUUGGAAAAUAUGAUGCCUCAAAUGUUUGAGGGACUUUCGGAACAAUAUCACAAAGAUAAAUCAACUUCUCACAUGCGAAACACAAAUAAAAAAGUUCCACUUUCUGCAAAAACAACAAGAAAAAUAAAAUCAACAAAAGUAUGGGCCAUGGAAAUGGAGUUUUAUAAUUUUGCUAAAGAUAGAUUUCAAUUCAUAAAAGCAAAAAUUCUUGAAUCAUAAAAUUUGUUUUGUCAUUGAAAUCACAAUUUUUUUUUAUACUGGGGCCAGAAUAUAAUUCAGGACAAUUAUGAUCUUCGUGUACGACUUUUAUUGGGCGAAUCGAAAUCCGGGAAAAAUUUGAAUAAUACCAUAAUAUAUAUAUAUAUAUAUAUGCAGUGGUGAGCUGUAGCCGGAACGGCGUUCCGGUUGUUGGACAUUUUAUUGCGUUUGCGUUCCUGUUGUUAAAAUAAAAUUAUGGUUCGAAAAAUAUAGUUUCUGCGGGAAACUUAGUUAUUAAUUGGUGUUUUGUUGCAUCAUAAUUCUUUUUACAUUACAGCACGCAAAUAAUUAGUGCACAUUAACGUGUAAUGAAUUUUUCGCCGACCUUUAACCCCUCUGAAAAUUCAUCCAAUACCUUUCUAAUAAUAGCAUUCGUAUUGAAUUAGUAUGAAUAUUCUUACAAUUUUAAACAGUCACAUUCAGAUAAUUUUUUCAUAUUUUAUUGUAGUUCUUCGGCUCUAUCUCACGACAGACAAAAUUACUGGUAGCGUCGUGUUGUAAACAUAUAUUACAUUUUCACGAAUUUGGUGCGUGCCGGUUGUUACGAUUUUUUCAGCUCAUCACUGUGUAUAUGUACUUAAGAAUAUUCAUAGGACCAUGUGAAAGUAUGUUAUAAAAAUUAAAAUAUAAAAACACACGUGUAAAAUUCAAAACUGGCAAAACUCGGCAUUAAAAUCAAAAACCUAUCGUCCAUUAUUAUUGUUACGUCUCCAGACGCGGCAUGGCAAAACCUGGGUUUUACGUCCGAAUAUGAAAGAAAAACGUCAAAUUUCGUAUCCACGUUUCGCGUGUUUUGUUGUACUGGGGAUAUUCGAUUUUUUACGUUACGUACAAUCGGUCUGUGUCAAUUUGAUGUCUGAUAAAAAGGUCGAGGUCGACUAUCACUCAAUACUAAAGAUAUGAUACUUUGAACUAUCAAAUAUACUACUGGUCUCUUACCCAUUGAUUUUAAAUUGGGCCAUAUAACGGAAGCGAAGAUCUAUAUUCUAUACUCUAGUCUACAGCAUUAUGGAACAGCACGCGCACAGAUUUAUAUUGAAGCAGUAAUUAUUAUUUCUUGGUGUUCACGGGGACAGAAGUUCCAUAUAGAUAUAGAAGCUGUUUAAUUUUCUAAUGAUGUUACAUGUAUUUGCUAAUCUGUAAAAUGUGAUGAAUUUUUAUUGAAUUUUCAGUACUCAAAGAAAUUUUUAUAAGGCUUUUACUUUUAUUUUUCUAGGUCCUAAGAGGGAACGAUAAUUCACCCCAAAUUCAAUUGUUUUUAUGAACCAUGGCUCUCUAUUUCAUGGACAUGCCUACAUUUGCCAUUCAGUACAGUUUUUUUAACACUUUGCUGGGAUUUUGCUGACAUUGUUGUUGCCAUAUUACUAUUAGCCAUUGGACCUUCGCGACAGUUCGUGUAUUUGAGCAUUGCACUUUUGUUUUUCAAAUAUUGGAACGGACGUUAGGUGUCGCUAUUACACAGCACGUUUAAUUUCUUGUUGUCUUUAUGAAAUCGAAUGGGAUUUGGAAAUGGUGAUAAAAUCAUUAUAUACUGCUGAUUUUAUUUUGUAUAGAAAACUCUUUUAACUGUGACUAUGUGGACAGUGUGUAUGUUAUUUUUUCACAGUUCAUUUUGUAAAAAACAACAUUCCACGAUCUUGGUGAGUAGUAACACGUACUUCGGUAAUGCCUGAUAGUAGUGUUUCAUUAACUCGUGACAUUAAAACAUUAUAAUAAACAGUCACAUUCUAAUGUUUAAUUUAAAAUCUCCGAUCAUUCAAUAAAGGGAUUAUAUCUUGCCACGAAAGCGGAGGAUAAAUAAAUGAAUCGAGGCAGCUCCGUAAGUGUAGUAACAUAUUAUUGAGGACCCGAAUGGAUCUUUCACUUAAUAUGUUGUUGUUUUUGUUCUGGUUGGUAUUUUUCUUGUUGUGCAUAAAUUUAUCUAUUUCAAAAUUUAAUAUGGGCUCUAUGGGAUUCGUUUAGUGUGUGAUGACCUUAUCACAAUGAAAAAAUGCGCACC